ACCCUAUUAUAUAAACUUCAGAACUUAAAACAGCAGUUUAUAUGUUGUACUAUUACAUUUGUUGCAUUGAGCGCUACUGAAGUGUGCUUUGCCAAGUACCGUAGUUGCAAUAAUCAACUCCCACCCAGAUCUUGACCCUCCAGGAUCCAGGGCCAGUCAAGGAUGCUGUUGACCAAUUUGGUUACAUUGAGUGCUUUAAUUGUGCUCAUUAUAUCCACCUGUGAAGCCAAGCAACCGCACAUUCUUUUAGUUGUUGCUGAUGACUACGGUUUCCAUGACAUUGGUUACCAUGGUUCCGAGAUUCGAACCCCAAACUUGGAUAACUUGGCUCAUGGUGGAGUAAGACUAGAGAACUACUAUGUGCAGCCAAUAUGCACACCAACCAGGAGUCAGCUUCUAUCUGGGAGGUACCAGAUUCAUACGGGACUUCAGCAUGGAAUAAUAUGGCCUCCCCAGCGCAAUGGCCUUCCCCUGGACAGCCCAACAAUUGCUGAUAAACUCCGAGAGGCUGGGUACGCUACUCACGCUGUUGGAAAGUGGCACAUCGGCUUCUACACCAAAGAUUACUUGCCAACCAGUCGUGGAUUUGACAGCUAUUUUGGUUAUCUGACCGGCAGUGAAGAUUACUACACCCACUACCGCUGUUACGGGAAAAUGUGUGGCACAGAUCUGAGGAACAACACCGAUCCAGCUGACCAGUACAAGGGGUUCUACUCCACACAUUUGUUUGCCAACCGAGUCAUUGAUAUCAUCAGUAAACACGAAGAUGAUAAGCCCUUGUUCAUCUACGUUCCAUUCCAAGCUGUGCAUUCCCCACUGCAAGUCCCAGAAAUUUAUGAGGAGCAGUAUUGGUUUAUCAAUGACAGGGACCGUAGAACAUAUGCAGGAAUGGUCUCGUGCAUGGACGAAGCUGUUGGGAACAUCGCCAUGGCAAUGCAGCAGAGAGGAUUCUGGGACAACACUGUCAUGAUUUUCACAACCGAUAAUGGAGGUCAGAUCCUGGACGGUGGUAACAACUACCCGCUGCGAGGCUGGAAGGGGUCGCUCUGGGAGGGUGGGACCCACGGUGUGGGAUUCAUUCACAGCAAGCUCCUCAGUGAUAAGAUCAUUGGAUCUGCGUCCCCCGGACUCAUGCACGUGACUGACUGGUUUCCGACGCUUGUGAAACUGGCCGGCGGGAAUCUGAAUGGAACCAAACCAUUGGAUGGCUUUGACCAGUGGAGUGCAAUCAACAAUGGAGACAACAGCCCCCGUACGGAGCUCCUACACAACAUUGACCCCUUGACCCCUCCCUCUGGGAGCCCAGUGUUUAACGGGACCUUCGAUACCUCUAUCCGGGCCGCACUGAGAAUGGGAGACUGGAAAAUAAUUACGGGCGAUCCAGGUAACAGCAGUUGGAUCCCUCCACCAACCUUGAGCAAAGCCGCAAUAACCAUCACAGAAAGGCAUCCACCGCAAACAGACGUAAAAAACCUCUGGCUCUUCAACAUCGCAAAGGAUCCAAACGAGUACAAUGACUUGUCGGAACAGGAACCAGUAAUUGUUAAGAAGAUGCUCGAUCGUCUGCAGUAUUACCAGAGCACAGCGGUUCCCUGCAGAUACCCAGACGAUGAUCCGUUGGCUGACCCUGCUAAGCAUGGGGGAUUCUGGGGACCAUGGCUUUAAUAGUGUUGUUGUUAAUGUCUUUUCAGCUUUUGUUAUGGGGGAAUAAAUGGUAUAUAAAGUUGCUCUUGAAACAAGUUACUAUAAUAUUACGGCAAGUGAAAUAACUAUUCGAUCAAUCACCAAUCGUGCAUGUGUGUAUUUCAGAAUUUAUUUACAGGUUCCGCUGCAUCUUCACAAAUGCAUAAAUGGGCAAACCUGCCCCUGUGACGGUUCAGGGGAAAAUGUUUAUAUUCAGCCAAAAAUAUAUAAUUUUAGGAGUCACAGCAACUCUUUUUAACCAGGUUUUCUGAAGGAAAAAACUGGUUAUUAGAUUGGCGAAUGCGGGCGUGCUGGCUGGCUGGCUGGCUGGCUGGCGGGCUGGCGGGCGGGCGGAACAAGCUUGUCCGGGCCAUAACUUUGUCGUUCAUUGUGAGAUUUUAAAAUCAUUUGGCACAUUUGUUAACCAUCAUUAGACGGUGUGUCGCGCGAAAAAAUUACGUCAAUAUCUCCAAGGUCAAGGUCACACUUUGAGUUCAAAGGUAAAAAAUAGCCAUAAAUGAGCUUGUCUGGGCUAUAAAUAUGUCAUUCAUUAUGAGAUUUUAAAAUCAUUUGGCACAUUUGUUCACCAUCAUGGGACGGUGUGUCGCACGAAAGAAUCACGUCAAUAUCUCCAAUGUCAAGGUCGUCACGACUAAAAAUAGAUUUAUUUUAAAACAAACUUACAAAGGGGGUUAAUUUUGUUUGUUCAUUUCAAAAGUUCAGUUUGAGUUGUCUCCCUUUAUCAGAUUUUUUUUCACAAUGAAAACCUGGUUUUGUGACAAUUUUGUCCCUUGUCUUAAACUUUAUACUUCGGUUACUAAAUAUUUUCAAUAGUACGUAGAAGCUUAAACAUCACACAUUUAUGUAUUAUGAUGUCAUAAAGUGACAUCAUAAAUGAUUACAAACAUCCAUUUUCAAAACGUAAAUAACAGGUGUAAUAAUUUAUUAAGGGGAAAUAUGUGCACUUUCUACAACCAUUUCAUUUAUACAGAGUAGUAAAUGUUACUGAAAGACUGUUGUUCUUCAUCAACAAUACUGCGAUUUUAGUUUCUUUUUUCACUACAAUGAUUUUGAUUUGACUUUUUUCCAAGAUGAAUUGUAAUUAAUCAAUUCUAUAUUUUACUGGAAAUCUGAUAAGGCGCCCAGGAUAAGGCGACAUAUGGUGUUGUUUGUCACGAGCAUAACAGUUGAAGCUUUCAACAUGAAACUUCAAAGGUAGGUAUUAGGCUUUUUUCUUGUGGGGAUACCUGAUUGUAUCUGAAUGAUUGCUAUUAAAAGUAUUUUGUUGGAAUGUAUUUGAAGUUUAUGCUUUAUUUUAAGGAUACUAUUUCCAAUUAUGAUCAUGUGUUUAUAUAACAAUCAUAUAUUAUAUGCAUUACAUAAUGUUAGAUCAUAAAGAUGUGAAACGGGA